AUGCCUCAUUUGAAUAAAUAAAUAGAUCCCCAUUAAAUAAAUCAAUAUCCAAAGCAUUGUAUUCAUUUCCAAAAGCUAAUCGUUUUAAAGAGUUUAAGGAUAAACCGUAACAACAGGCAGUUUAUAAUUAGAUGUCCCAAUAUAUAUAAUAUUCCUUCAAUGAUGAGUAAACGUAGUGCUGGAAUAGGAUAUGGAUAGAAAUUAAAUUUUUAAUAAGAAAGUAUAAAUCCAGGACCUAAUAAUUAUGAGAUAAAGACUACUCUUAAUGUAACUAAUGGUUGGACUAUGCCAGUUGGAAGAGAUGUAGAUAUAAAAACUAUUCAUCUUAGAAAAGUAAUAAAUAUGAAGGUAUUUUCAUUGGACUAAUAUAAAAAACACCAGGACCUGGAGAAUAUGAAUCUCAAAAUACAAGAUCUCCUAUUAAAUAUACAAUAAGAAUGAGAACAGAGAGUUAAAAAGAUAAAGAUAAAAAACCAGGACCGUAUUAUUUUAUAUAUUUUUAGAGGUUAAUAUGAUUUACCUUCAGCAUUAAAUGAAACAGGAAAAUAUAAAAUUAGUAAAUUUAGAGAGUAUAAUUAUUAAUAAUAAUCUAGUUCUGGAGCUAUUAUACUUUCUCCUUAAAAAUCAAAAAGUUUUCGUUUUUCACCAGCUAAAGAUCCUUCACCAGGACCUGGAGAUUAUGCUCAUUUAGGAGAUAUUGAUCCAAAAGGCUUAUAUUAUUGUUCCAAAUUUGUAGAUAUUAAAUCAACAAUCUUUACAAAAACAAAGAGAGAAUUGACUAAAAUUAGAGCUGAAUCUCCUGGUCCUGGAGCAUAUAGAUUGCCUUCAGAAUUUGGGUAUUUAAAUAUAUUAUAUUAGUCACUAUGAAAAACCGAAUAAAUGAUUUUAUUAUAAUUUUGGCAUCGUCUUUCUU